AUGGAUGAACUCGCUCAAAAGGUUUUUUCUGACAACUUCCCCGUUCUGGGAAAGGGAUGCAAGAGUUGGAUGGAAAGUGGGGCGGAGAAGCCAUCUUCGGUUACUAUAAGUUUUGCAUCAGUCGGUCUAGCUGCUCUCGCUGUUGUCCACAAAGACCCUCAAAUGAUGAACAUGGCACGAAGAAAGUACAACUCUGCCAUCAAGGCUCUUACAGCGGCCAUCGUUCAUCAUGGGGAGACUGGAUUGGAACAGUCCAUCGCUACUAGUUUUAUUCUAUCGAUAUUCGAGGUCAGAGUUGUGCAGUUCGUCACUUUCAAUUCAAGUGCUAACGGAGCUACAGAUGAUCACAUGCGAUAA